GGUCUAAUAGCACGUUCUUCGCCAUUUUCCUGCCCCCCUCCCUCUCUCCUCCCUCUCAACCCCGAUCACCCCAACGCUCCCAAAAAUAGCAAAAAAACGGAGAAAAAAAAUAUAGGAGAACCCGAUGAAGAACAUUUUCAAAAUCCACAGAAAAAGCCCCCACCGAUCCAACGAGACUCCGCCCUCCACCGCCGCCACCUCGCCGUCGUCUCCGUCGACCUCCGCCCUUUCCUCCUCAUGCGCCUCCGACCACCGCGCGGCGCCGCACGCCUCUCCGCCGGCGACGCCCUCCCAGCCGUCGCCCCCUCCGGCGGCGGAGGCCACGCGGCCUCCGCCUGGGGACCGGAAGGACUACUUCUCGUCGGAGGAGGAGUUCCAGGUGCAGCUGGCCCUGGCGAUCAGCGCGUCCAAAGAGGAGUUCAGGAAUGAUCCCGAUGGUGAUCAGAUCCGCGCAGCGAAGCUGCUGAGCCUGGGAAGGCACGGGAUGGAUCAAGAUCGGGAGGAGGGGACCGCGGAUUCGCUCUCGCGGCGGUAUUGGGACUAUAAUGUGCUUGACUAUAAUGAGAAGGUUGCUGAUGGGUUCUAUGACAUUUUUUUGCUCACGCCGGAUCAUUCAAGUCAAAGAAAGAUGCCAUCACUUGUGGAUCUCCAAACAAGCAUUGGAGAUCUUGGUUUUGAAGUUAUUAUAGUCAACCGUGCAAUAGAUACUGCCCUCGUGGAGUUGGAGCAAAUUGCACAGUGCAUUUCAUUAGGCUGCCCUGUUUCAGAGACUGGGAUUUUGGUGCAAAGGAUAUCUGAGCUUGUUAUGGAGCACAUGGGUGGUCCUGUAAGGGAUGCAAGUGACAUGUUAGCUAGGUGGAUGGAGAAAAGCAUCGAGUUACGGACGUCACAGCAGAGUAGUUUAUUACCGAUUGGUUGCAUAAAAGUAGGUUUGUCUCGUCAUCGUGCACUACUUUUCAAGAUUCUUGCAGAUUAUGUUGGCAUACCAUGCAAACUGGUUAAAGGGAGCCACUACACUGGUGUUGAUGAUGAUGCUGUCAAUAUAAUUAAGUUGGGUGAUGGAAGGGAGUUUCUGGUUGAUCUUAUGGCUGCCCCAGGCACCCUAAUUCCAGCAGAUGUACUCAGUGCUAAAGAUGCUGCCAUGAAUUCUUAUAAGCCAAUACUAAGCAAAAAUGUAACUCCUUGGACAGAAAAUAGUUCAGGUAAGGACUUAUCUAGAGCAGAAUCUUCAUUUGGUGAAUUUUCAGGUGGAAAUGGAACUUCUGCUUUUAAUGACAAUAAGCUUGGAGAUACUAGACAAGAAAAAGAAAUACUGGUACCUUCUGUUCAAAGUGCCUAUACUGGUACAUCAUCGACUCCCGGUGGAAGCAGUUCUAGUAGUAAUAUGAAUUUGAUUUCACAUGACCAAUCAAAUCAGUUACAAUGUUCUACUAGUGCAACGUCUUCAAAGCAGAAAGGGCUUAUUGAGGUUCCCACGGAUGGUGAUAGUUCAAGGAAUGCAAAGUUGAGCACAGUUACAGAUUCACAAAAUGCUGUGGACUCCAGCAACCUUUUUGCAGAUCUGAACCCCUUCCAGGUCAUUGGAGUUGGCAAAAGUUCUACACCUUUCAAAGCUACUGAUGUUAGAAACUCUGGAUACCAGAGACAUAGAGAGAACAUUGUCUCAGGCCCUGGAAGACCUCAACGUCCACUGGUUUGGAAAGGCCAGUCUGCAUGCAAUGAGGUUUCUAACACAAAGCAGUACAAUUUUGUGGAGGGCCUCUUUCCACGGAAGAAUUAUGAUCUUAAUGCAUCAUCAUGUCAAGUGCCAAGCUCUGCUAAAAAUAUACAUUCAGAAGCUUCUGGUGACAAUUUUGCUCGCAUUUCUGGUAUUUCAUGCUCUGCUGGUGUAGCUACGUCUGGCAAUGAGAUGACUACUAUUUCUAGUCAAACUACAGGCUGUCCUUCCUUUGAGCUUAGUACGUCAAGUACUGCUUCAGAAAAGAAUCAGCAUAGUGAAUUGGAUCAUAGCUAUGUUAAUGCUCGAGCAAAUAAACCACUUAUUCAGUCCUCAGCAGAGAGACAUAGAGGGCAAGAUCAUGCAAGUGGGUUGGUUUUGCAAAGUAACCUGCUAUGCCAAAUAAAGGAAGAUGGGAAGAAUGUCAUUGGCAGACACGAUCUGAAGAAGUGCCAAUAUGAUAGAUUUAUGGGAACAAUUAUGGAAUCAAAGGAUGAAGAAUCCUCAGCUUCUUCAUCACAAAUGAGGCCGAGAAGGCUUGAUCCUAUGCUAGAUGAUGUAUCGGAAUUGGAAAUCCCUUGGGAAGACCUUGUUAUAGGUGAAAGGAUUGGAUUAGGUUCAUAUGGGGAAGUGUAUCGUGCUGACUGGAAUGGAACGGAAGUAGCUGUAAAGAAAUUCUUAGAUCAAGAUUUCUAUGAAGAUGCUUUGGAUGAGUUCCGGAGUGAAGUGCGGAUAAUGCGCAGGUUGCGUCAUCCAAAUGUCGUUCUUUUCAUGGGUGCUGUGACUCGACCCCCAAAUCUCUCCAUUGUUACAGAAUUUCUCCCAAGGGGAAGCUUGUACAGAAUUCUUCAUCGUCCAAAUUGCCAAAUUGAUGAGAAGCGUAGGAUAAAGAUGGCCCUUGAUGUGGCCAAGGGCAUGAAUUGUUUGCAUACUAGCUUACCAACAAUUGUUCAUCGGGAUCUGAAAUCGCCAAAUUUAUUGGUAGACAAAAAUUGGACGGUUAAGGUCUGUGAUUUUGGACUUUCACGCUUGAAGCAUAAUACAUUUUUAUCAUCCAAGUCUACUGCUGGCACGCCUGAGUGGAUGGCACCAGAGGUAUUACGCAAUGAACCAUCCAAUGAAAAGUGUGAUAUCUAUAGCUUUGGAGUGAUCUUAUGGGAGCUUGCAACACUGAGGAUGCCAUGGAGUGGGAUGAAUCCAAUGCAGGUGGUCGGCGCUGUUGGGUUCCAGGACCAACGUCUUGAUAUCCCAAAAGAAGUUGAUCCCUUGGUUGCAAGGAUUAUUUGGGAAUGCUGGCAGACAGAUCCAAGCUUGCGUCCGUCAUUUGCACAACUGACAACUGCUCUAAAGUCCUUGCAGCGGCUUGUCAUCCCUUCCUAUCAAGAAACACAAAGCCCACCGGUGGCGCAAGAGAUAUCGGUGAACUCUACACCCUAGGAGCUUCUUGGACUGUGAAUAAAAGGAGUGACGUGAUUUUUGUAGGAUUGGGUUAACAGUUGGAAAUGUGAAUGCUGUUUUUGUUGGUUCUUUGGGCUAGGAGUACUUGACUGUCCCUGUUCCUGCCCUGCCUAAGAUCUGUGGCAGUGACUGUACAGAAAUGGUGUCAAUAGCAUUUUGAAGUCCAAACCUUGUGUCAUGUAAAAGAGAAUUGCGUAGGGCUUUUUGUUAGGUGUGUGCUCGCCAGAAACCGGCCAGCUUUAGGGAAUGGUACCCUGAAAUAGGGGGGAGGUGUAUUUUAUGUCACUGAUGGCUCGUUCUGGUGAAAGCAUUUGAUAUUAAUGUUCUGUCAGGAUGCAAAUAGUGUAUUAUUAUACAACAAUUGGAUCUUCUUAUUGAGUGACAGAAAAAAAAUAAAA